AUGACUACCUACCUCCCCGCCUCUAAUCCUCAGGUUUUGGUCGACGCGCUAGGAACCAAGCUCGGCAAUAUUGUUCUUGACGUCGCCCCUGGUACAGGACCGCGCUACCAAGUGCCUGCUUUAACUCGGGAGGCUCGCCUACACAAACUUUUCCCUGCCGCUGCAUUCGCAGUGCGAUUCAUGAUCCGAACCCGCCAGGCAGCUUCGCCCCUGUCGCGUUCGCUAGGCAACAAAGUGUCUACCCUGUCUCGGGAGGCUCGCGUACUUAAACUUUUCCCUGCUGCCGCCUUCGCAGUACGAUUUAUGAUCCGUACCCGCAAGUCGAGCGCUCGACACCGGCUUCCUGCCCGCGCUGUUAACUGA